UCUCUCUCUUUAGUCCACGGACACACACAUCGCUGACAGCCAGCGGGGAAGUGGGUUUAUGUGGGAUCCAGCACACGGAGGAGGCAGACAAAUCCACACUCCAGUCAGUCCGGUUCCCCGUCUGCUUUGUCACGGAAAUGCUUCACCUGAAGUUUUCAUUCGGACGGUGAAAAAGUUUGGAGUUGGAGAGAAAGGACGCAGCAGGGAGACGCUUCAAAUGGAGAGAGGCUGAAUCAACCCAUCCGGACCAGAAAACAGAAAAAAAAAGGGCGUAGUUCCAGUCUGAGGUGGUAUGUCAAACCGUGACUCGCUGGGGUUCGGGGACUUGCUCCCCCAAGAUGUGGUUGAAAUAUUUGCCCAAGAGAAACACAGUAAAAGGGGGCGGAAGAAGCGCAGUCACUCCCUGGGACGGGCCCUGGGUUGGCUGAAGGGCAAGAAGAAGAAGAAUAUCGGCGCUAAGGGGCAGAACCUGGGUCUAGGUCCUGCACUUGACCUGGCCUUGGAUGGGCAUCCCGCUGGACAAAAGGGGGCCCCGAAGUCAGGGAAGCAGAGCCAUCCACAGGGCAACAGUCACGCUGUCCCAAAGCGAGAUGAUGACAAGACCCCGACACCCCCCUUGAUCCAGGAGAAUGUGUUCAUUGAGGCCAGCAGGCCCAAGUACCUGGAGGACCUUCACACAGAGGCUCUGGAAGGAUUGAAAAUGAUGCAACAAGAAGAAACCAAUAAUGGAGUGGAGUACCAGGACAAUGAAAGCACAAUUUCGACGACGACAGGCCAAGCAGAUGUGGAUGGUGGGGGGUUCAUGUCCGACAGCACCAUUCCUGAUACAUCCUCUGUUGUCUCUGUACAAUCGUCUGUGUCCUCAAGAUCUUCACGUUCCGGACUCACUCGGCAAGGAUCAACAUUCAGGCCAUUGAACUCUGGGAAAAAGUCAGACAAGGCAAAGAGGAGAAAACACAGAAAGACCAUUGUGGGUAUUCCACAUCAUGUUCAGAAAGAACUUGGGCUGGACAGAGCAGCCUGGGCGCUAACUCAGAGGUUAGAUGAGGAACAGCUUUUUAAUGGUGAGACUGUUGAAAGCCCCACCACAGAGUCACAGUCAGAGGAUGCUUCCAGUCCUCAGGAUGGGAAAGUCAUCAACCCCCUAAGCAACGACCAAGUUGAGCAGCUCAGCGCCGCCCAUGCUGGACAUAGGGACGACCUGGCCCUGCUGCAACGCUUGGGUCCCAACUUUUCAGGCGAAGAGAGGCCUCGGUCCCUGGCCGUUCCCUGGCUGACCACUCCUGGAGAGCCACCCAGCCCCGUCAUGUCCAUGUCACCCCAGGCCGCCUACCUGUCCAAAAUCAUUCCCAAUGCCGUGUUGCCACCCUCUAUUGAAGUGGUGGAAAUCAGCCGUGGACGAAGCCGCAACAGCGUCCGCACUGUCAGCAAGAGCAGUCUUCUCCUGUCCAGCCCAGCUCCCUCCCGUGCUUCCUCCAGAGCAUCUUCUUCCAGGACCACUUCCUCCCGAGGAUCUACCCUCACCUCUGCCUCCCGCCACAACCACCCCAAUCUGUCUGACAGUUCAUGUUGGAGUAACUCUGAAUCCUCUGAGACCUUGGUGUCCGAUUCCUCCACCAUUUCCAGCAGCAGUUUGCCCAGAAAAAAUAAGGCACAGAAUGGAGAAGCCUCUGGAAAGGAAGACAAAAACAGUGUUCAUUCCUCCACUGGUAAAUGUACCUCCAAUGGCAAGAUCAUUGGUAAAGGAGAGGAGACCAAGAAAGAAGGGCCUUUUGUGCGGAGUCUUUCUGUCAUGAAGUCCAAGAGGGCUCCUCCUCCACCAAGCCGCUCAUAUUCUCUCCACAAUAAGAUGAAGCGACGGUCACGUGAUUUGGCAGAGUUACGGAUAAUUUCCACCACAAGUGAGAGCAAUGAGAUGAGCAAACCUUCGUCUUCUGUGUCCUCCAGGAUCGCAGAAAGCCCAGGCUAUAAUGCUGACACCAGUUCUCUGGAUGAAUCUACAGGCUCUAUUACACCCAGUCCAGGCAAAACCCAACUGCAGAACUCCAAUUUGAAAAAGGUUGAGGAAAGUGUUACUAAAGAUGCUGCAAAUGAGAAGAAACAACCACUUCAGGAGAAUAAGCAAGGCAAAGUCAUCUCCCCUUCCAGUGGUUACUCCAGCCAAGAUGGCACAUCCCCACAAUUUUCUAAACAACCUAGCAGCUCAUCUCCGAGACACAAAAAGAGUAUCUUAGCUAAACUUCAGAAGUUAUUUCCUGGAUCCACUCAUGCUGGUCCAUCUCUUCCUCCUCUCACACAGUCAGAGGUAUCUGAAAACACAAGCUGUUCAGUGAGUACUGUCAGUGAGAGCCCCUCAGUAAGGGCUUUGAGAGAACUCUUUAACAUCCCUCCACCACCUAAAGUACAUGCACCUCCAGCCCCUCCUCCAGAAGUAUGGGCUCACAGCAAGCGUAGCUUUGAGUUGCUGUUGGGACCCCCAGCACCUGAUAAUGUUUAUGCCAUCAUAAAGAAGAAUCCAAAAGACAGGAGACAACAGAGGCAGUCUCCUUCUGCAUCUACAGAGAGCUCUGUCAAGAGUUUGGCAGGAGAAAGAAAACAGAAGAAAGAGACUGUAACUGGGGAGAAAGUUCAAGAAAGUCAAGAAGGGAUUUUGAAUGUAGAGAAUCAAAAAGACAACAAUGAAAGAUUGGCUCAAAAGAAAGUAGGUCUGAAUGACAAAAUUACAGAAAAAGAUGAGAAAGUAAGAGUAAGUGAAAUAUUAAAUGGGAUGAUAGUGAAGGCUGUAGAGAAACGUGAAGAAAGACUCGCAGCAGAGAGAGAAGAAAGCCAAAAGACAUGUGCACAAGCUACAGAGACAAAAGCAAACAUAGAUGCGUCACCUGCCAUUUCAUUAGUACACAUUUCUACAUCUCCCUCUCCUCAUUCGUCCAAACAAAUGGCAGAGGUGAAUUCCACCACAUCGGUACAACAUACUGUGUCUCCUGAAACAUCCUGGCCACCACCACCUCCGCCAAUGACACAAGCAGGCCUCAGUAGCCCGGAUGAAACCGAUUUUCCCCUUCCACCUCCACCAUUUUUUAAUGAGGAUGGAUUAGUUACACCUGUUCAGACAUCGCUAGAGAAUGCAAGUCCUAAUACAGCAAUGUCAUGUACAACAACGUCUGUUAUAUCAGCAGUGAGUAAUAAAGUUGUCACAGUUACUGAACCACCUAAAACCAGCACUUCUCAGGGAAUCACACCCCCACCCCUAAAUAUCCCUCCUCCCCCACCUUACGCAGCUCCCCCUCCACCAGGUAAAGCAGCCUCCCCUUCUCCACCACCAGCUGAGGUUUGUCCUGUAAAGACUAAAGAAGUCUCUCCUCCCCUUGUAAAUGAAGUCACCUAUAAGACAGUAGUACCCCUUUCACCAAUUGAGGAGGUUUCCCCGCCAUCAAGUAAAGAAAUCUCUUUUCCACCACCUAAAGAAAUUCCUCCUCCGCCAACUAAAGAAAUCCUUUUACCACCACCUAAACAAAUUCCUCCACCACCACCACCAAAAGAAAUCUCCUUUCUACCACCUAAAGAAAUUCCUCCUCCGCCAACUAAAGAAAUCCUUUUACCACCACCUAAACAAAUUCCUCCUCCACCACCACCAAAAGAAAUCUCCUUUCCACCACCUAAAGAAAUUCCUCCUCCGCCAACUGAAGAAAUCUGUUUUCCACCACCUAAAGAAGUCUCUCCUCCACCACUGCCAAAAGAAGUCUCUCUUCUACCACCUAAAGACAUUCCUCCACCACCACCAAAGGUCUCUCUUCCACCACCUAAAGAUGUAUCUUCUACACUAGCAGUAGAAAUCUCUCCUCCACCACCAACAGAAAUCUCUCCUCCACCACCAACAGAAAUCUCUCCUCCACAACCUAAAGAAAUACCUGCUCCACCACCAAAAGAAGUCUUUCUUCUACCACCUAAAGACAUUCCUCCAUCACCACCAAAAGAAGUCUUUCUUCUACCACCUAAAGACAUUCCUCCAUCACCACCAAAAGAAGUUUCUCUUCUACCACCUAAAGACAUACCACCACAGAUCUCUCUUCCACCACCUAAAGAUGUAUCUUCUACACUAGCAGUAGAAAUCUCUCCUCCACCACCAACAGAAAUCUCUCCUCCACCACCAACAGAAAUCUCUCCCCCACAACCUAAAGAAAUUCCUGCUCCACCACCAAAAGAAGUCUUUCUUCUACCACCUAAAGACAUUCCUCCAUCACCACCUAAAGAAGUCUCUCUUUUACCACCUAAAGAAAUUCCUCCACCACCUAAAGAAGUCACUCUUCCACCACCUGAAGAAAUAUCUCCUAUCCUAGCACUAGAAGUCUCUCCUCCACCACCAACAACAGAAAGCUCUUCUCCACAACCUAAAGAAAUUCCUUUUCAACCACCAAACGAAGCUUCUUCAUCACCACCAAAAGAUGUCUCUCUUCCAUCACCUAAAGAAAUCCCCCCUCCACCAACAAACAAAGUCUCUUCUCCACAAUGUAUUGAGGCUUCCCUUGUGAUGCCUGAAGACGUUAGUCCUGCUGUUACAGAAGUCCCCCCUCCCCUUGUUAAAGAGAUCCCCACCACACUAGAAACAGCAGCCCCUCCUCCACCAGUUGAUGAGGUUUGUCCUCUGGUUGUUGAGGUGUCCUCUUUGCCACCUGAAAAGGGCUGUGUUUUGCCUGCUGAAGAAGCUGUUCCUCCAGGGGUUCCAAAAGAUAUUUGCCCAUCUUCUGAAGAGGCACCAUCUAUUUGCAAACCUGCAGAACCUGACAAUAUCACUAGCAUUCCAUCAGAAUCCCUUGACCCUGUCCCACCACUUCAGUCAGAACUAGUUCCAUCAGAAGAGGAGAAUGAUCUUCCACAGGAAAGCAUCCCCACUGAACCUGGAACUAACCCCUCAUCAUACAACAGUAUUCUCACUCCUCCAAAGAGUAUUCCACCCCCACCUCCUUUAGAGGUUUUCCCUACUCUUAAGGAUGUACCCCAGGAGGCCACACCUUCAACUGAAGUCUCUGUCCCCUCUCCUGCACUAGAAAAAACAGAAGAACCUGCUCCCUCACUUGUAAACAUUCCUGUAUCUCCACCCGUACCUGAGGAGGAUCUUACCAGCAUUACGCAUCAGCCAAGCUCUGUGACCACAGAAAACCAAAGCAAAGAGCCAGUCUCUGCCUCAGCUGGACAAGAGGAGCCCACUCCAAUCACAAUGCCCUCCCUUGUUCAGAUGGUUCAGUCUGUUAAUAGCAGUCCUGAACCUCCAAAAUCUGACACCCAACCACAGCCUGAGGUCACAAUGAGACCCCACAUCCCAACCUCGUCUGCCAGUGCUGAGGCUCCUCAGAAGCCCAUCAGACGGUCACUAAUUGUGUCGUCUCCUACAUCCACGGUUCCACCUCCCAUAGUCACUUCUCAACCAGCUCUCCCCAAUGAGCAGUCUGUGUCAGUUCCACCAACAUCAACCACAGUCCGUUCUCCAACGAAAAAGUCUCCUCCUGCCGUGACUGUAACUCCUUCCAUGAAUCUACAGGAGGUCAUCCGCAUGAGGACAGCAGCCCGGUCGAAGGAUGGCCCUUCAUCUCGACUCAGCCUGCACUCACCUACAUCACCAAUAGGUGGAGACAUCCACAAGUCUCCCUCCAGCACAGCAAGCUUUAUCUUCUCUAAAAGCAACAAGAGGGUAGUGAUCGAGACCAAACCUGAUGUCAAAGCAGCUUCUGAAAAGAAAACAGAGGUGUCCUCUGUAACAAAGAUUAGUGAAACAGAGUCAGUGAAGAAGGGAAUGAAAGUGCCACCACCUGUAGCUAAGAAACCCAAAGCAAAGGCCAAAGAGAUGGAGACUGGUGAAGAAGUGGACCAAACUGCUGGACAGGAGGCAAAGACAGAAAGUAUCAAGGAUACUGCAGAGAAACAGAAUGGGACAGCAGGUACUGUUGGAGGACAACAGACGCCAUUAACAUGAUUAAGACUGAAGGAGACUUGAGAAAGACUUACUAGAAAAAGUUUGUUACAAGUGAGUCUCUAUAUAUGAGACAAAACUGUAUUUGAAUAGAUGAAAUGCAUAUUUCCCAUAUAGCAUUUUCUGGAUUUUUAAGACAAAUCCUUUGAAAUUGUUAUUACUGGUGUGGGUCUUCAUUUCUGCAAGUACUCAUUUUGCAUUUAAUGAGAGUAAAUACAGUAUACUUUCUAUACCAGAAGGGUUCUUUGAGCUUUACUGUUGCAAGAGGUGGGAAUAUACCACCAUCUAGUGUCAGACAAUGAUUGUACAACCUGUGUCCUGCUGAAUCAGCUUGUAGUCAGUACUACUCGAAAUGGGACUUUUGGGUGCUCGUCUGUAAAUAUAGCACGAAAUGUAAAUUCUGCAAAUCCAGAUAUCCAGUAAAUUCUGUUCCAAAUGAGUUUUCACACCAGUUAUAUUUGUUAAAAAUAUAAUCUUAAGUUAUUUUAUGUUCACUUGGAGAUUCUCUUUUCGAAGUUGUGUGAAACCCUAAUCAUACAAUAUGAAUCAGUUCUGUUGUAUAGCUCUUAAUCAUAUUCAGUUUUAUGUUGUCUUGUCAAAAAUCCCAUGUGUCAUUAUUUCAUGAUUCAAAGCUGCAUGACAAAGUCACAAACGAUGAACAGAUAUGUUCAGUAAUAGAAAAAUCAUUAUUUUGGUGCACAUUUUCUGCUGCUUUUGUUACUGAUAAGAGGCUUUGCCUGUUUCCUGUUUUUGCUCAGACAGUGGGAUAUUUCUGUUAUGUCAUUCAAACUGGUUUCAGAGACUAAUGUAAUAAUCAUUUAUAUCUGAAAGAAUAAAGACUUAUGCAAAGAAA